GUGCGGUGAACGUUAGAUUAGUUAGUAGAAGAAGAAGAAGCAGGAUAUCACGGUGAGAAUCAGUGUUUUUUAUUGGUCGGCAGUUCAGUUUUUCUUACUCAGCCUGUGUGGUUGUCCCGACACAAAUGGAUAAGUGUGUGUAAUACAAUGGGUAAGUGUGAUUUUUCUUUGCCUUCGUCGAAUAAGUUUGCUGUGCGUUUUUAUCCGCCAUGACAGUCGCUGGCUCUCUAACAGGAAAAUGUGUAGCCGGCGGCGAAUUAAGAAAUGCCACAGUGUCAAGUCCCAACUUCGGACACUGGUUAUGAUUUACUGUCAUUUUACACAGACGUGGAAUAAGAAGACUAGGUCACAAUAAGCAAUAUGUGCUAUAAAAUACGUCCUUAUUAAAAUCUAAAAAUGUUUUGAUUGUUAAGUCAAAGUCGUUGAACUGCUCCGUUCACUGUGUUCCUGAAGUUCCAAUACAUCUGUGAUUUGUUCGGUAAUUGAAAAUAUUUGCAAUGAAGACACAGGACGUUGAUUCACUUGUUUGUAAUUGCAAACACAGUCAACACAGGGAAAUGACACGUACUGCACUUGCACUUACUAACGUGUCGUUGUCUACAGCAGUGGUUCUUAACCUUGUUGGAGUUACUGAACCCCACCAGUUUCAUAUGCGCAUUCACCUAAACCUUCGGUGAUGGCCAAGCAGGGGUCGGGUGUGUGUCUUAUCCUCCGCCGAAUCCCUGGGACUGACUCACCGGUUCGAUCGAACACAGGUUAAGAACCACUGGUCAACAACAUAGUUAUUAUACAUAUGUUAGGUAGGUAUAUUGUUGUAGGUAUAUAUAUUGUAUAGUAACCUGUGAGAGAAUAACGGCUAAAGAAAGUCAGUUUAGACAGUAGAAAGGGGCCCGCCAACGAUCGAAACUUACAAUGAUAUAAAAAAUAUUUUCUCAAGACUGGAAUUAAAGGUUAAACUAAAAUAGUCAUUGGAGGUGUGCACAAAGUAGACUAUAAAUACCUGAGGUCUCCUUAGGACAGUCUGGAGAUGGUUGACAAAUCCUCUAAGCCAGGGGUGUCCACACUUUUUCGGCUUGUGAGCUACUUUUCAAAUGACCAGGGUAAAGUGAUCUGCCUACAUUGAAAACUAUAAAUGUAUAUUCACUACUUUGAUUAAAUGGCUGUAGUUGUAUGGCACAAUACCGUCUGACUCAAUACUUCUAUGGUCCUAGUGAUUAGCAUCUUAAAAUAGAAUCAAAUCUAUCAUUUUCAUUUAGAUCCUGAUUUACUUAUUGGGCAUGCCUGCUCUAAGCACUUGAUUUUGACCAAUGUAACGGCCAACCUACAGGUUUUAACAGAUGUGACACACCCACUGUUGUUUUACUUUGCUGUAAAACUUACUUUCCCUCUCAUUAGGAGAUAGGUGUGAAUGGCUGUGACUCUAACCCAGACUGUGACUGUUCUAUGUAUGUGUAUAUAUUUGUAUGUGAACAGCACAGUGAUGUGCGGUGAGGUUCAUUGCCGGUGAGGCACGGACUGCUCCGGAGUCAGAUUUACAAUUUUUGAAGCAAACCUUUUAGCUCCGGCAUUGGUCUUUCAUCACUUACCCAUCACUUCGGACAAGCCGAAAGGAAAAGAAUAAGAAGAUGAGAUGCCUGCAGUUAUGCCUCAGCCCAGAGUGAUGCUGGUGGUAACAGGAGAUGAUUUUGGAUACUGUCCCAGGAGGAACCAGGGGAUUGUAGACUGUUUUCUGGCAGGAGGCAUUUCCAAUGUGUCACUUCUGGUUAAUGCUACUGCUGCAAAAGAGGCAGCUGAUCUGGCUAAACGGCACAACAUUCCUAUUGGUCUCCAUGCCAACCUCUCAGAAGGGAUCCCAGUUUGUCAAAGUAAAAAGCAGGUCUCUACUUUGAUUAACGAAUGUGGUUUUUUCCAUGGAAAAAUUGGUUUCCGUCAGGCUCUGGAGCAAGGCCAGCUCAGCAUGAAACAGGUGGAGUUGGAGCUCGGGGCCCAGGUCAGACUUUUCAGGGAACUGACAGGUCACCUUCCAUAUCACAUGGAUGGACACCAGCAUGUCCAUGUCCUGCCAGAGGUGUGUGAGGUGUUUGCACAGGUGAUGUCAGAUUUCAGGAUUCCAUACACUCGUGUUCCAGUUGAGCCUGGGUUACACAGCUGUCUUUGGCUGCCACUGCACCUCAGACGAUUCUACACACAGGUAGAAAAGAACGCUCUGGAUGCCAUCCCUGUCUUCAUGCGCUACAACAUCAGAUGGCCAGAUGUAUACCUGGGACUGACCACCAUGGGUCAGAACAUGUCUGUGCCACACCUGCAGAGGGCGCUUCACCACAGCUUGGCCGCAGGGCCCUCUAGCGCCUCUCUCUGCAGCAGUGCAUCAGGCUCAGAUGAGGCAGUGGUCACUGCAGAGCUCAUGGUUCACCCUGGUUACUCCAGCCACCCUCAGGAAGGAGGCUGUGGGGAAGGUCCCGAUGAUUUCUCUCAGUCAGCUGACAGACAGCACGAGCUAAGCGUACUCACUGACCCGGCCCUGUUCAGCCUCUACAGUCAGGAGCGAGUGCAGCUCUGUGCCUUCAAAGAUCUCCCACUGUUGUCCAGGAACAAAUGACAUGAAUCCACAUUAUGCUACAGAGAGCCUGUGUAAAUUCUAAUUUCCCUGGUUCUGUUUCUGUGAGUUUAAAAAGGUGAAUUCAGUCAUAUUGACAGUUUUAAAAAUGAAAUGAACUUAAAAACCAUGUUAGUGCAGUUUGCCUUUUUAGCAGUACUAAUAUUUAAGAAGGGAAUAGCUAUGGGUCCGUUAAUUCAGUUUUCAUUUAUUUGAACCCACAUUUUCCUUGUUUUAUUUAUUGUCGCUGAAGUUGAGCCGGGUUAUAUAAUCUGAUACUAUUUCCUCUCUAUCCCAGAAGCCACCUGUACAGUUCCCACGCUGCCCAGUAAUAGAUGCCUUUAAAACAGUCGGAGGAGCCCUAAGCACCGACUGGAGUUCUGGAAUCCUGUGUUUGAGAAUUAAAAUGAGACCGUAUACAUAAAUGAAACACAACCGAGGUCACUCUAAAAAAGAUGUUAACAAUGUUUCCUAGCAACACCUGUCUUUCUCUAAAAAUGUAUAUAAAGUGUAUGUAUACAGAAAAAAUUGGAACUAUAUUAUGUAAACAGGAAACAUUUUGACACUCAAAUAGAUAUAAAAGACUGACCUUUGUUAGAAAACCUGAGACAGAUUUUGUUGAGCCAAAUUUUGUCCUCUUUUUAUGAAGGUAGAAUAAUUAACAAAAACAUAACCAAGCAAAAGAAAAUGCAAUUUAACAAAAACUGUGCAAUUUAACAGUAUGUACAGAUUACUGACAAGAUUGCGUGUAAACACACUCCAAAUGCUGAAGCUAAAGUCCUGAAAGUUUAUAUAUUUAAGGAAAAAGGUUCUCAAUGUGAUAUCAAAAAAAGUUGUUAAAUGUUAUUAGAUGUUUGUUGAAAGGAUGUUUUUAAUUAAAGCCAUACUAGGUGGUGUUGCACAGUAUUCAGAGAAUACAUUGCACUACUCUAAUGCCUUCAUUGCACAUUAUUGGUGACACUUUUCAGUGUGAAGAUAUACCUAAUCCUGUUGUGUUGAAUGGGUUGUCAGAAGAAUUAGCUCUCACCCUGGAGUGAUAGGAGUAUAUGUUCAGGAGUGAACCAUGUAGUCAUUGUGAAAUGUCUGUAGAAGUAGAGGGAUUCUGGAGGAGGGGUCUCAGGUGUGUGUAGCAAAUUCAGUCAUCAGCUGCUAAAGAUUAUCUCACACAAACUCUAAACCUGUGAAAUGCUUCAUUAUCUGAAAUAGUUAUAACAACAACACAAUAACAUUUAUUGUUGAAGUUCAGCUUCUGUUCAAACUAAUGUUAAAACUAUACUGUAAACCAGUUAUACUUGUCAGCAAUGCAAACACAUUUUUGUGGCGUAAUAAACACCAGAUUCAAGAAUCAUUUCUGUAUUUUUUUUUUCAUCUAACCCAAGUGUGACAAUGAAACACUAAACCAAAAACAAUGGAAAUGGAAAUAACUUGUAUGAUGAUGCAAAGUAGUCUAGUUAGCUAGACUAUAAAUUGAAGUAUCCAGAUCCAAUUUGUGCAACAUCCACUGUGACAGUGAGGCCAACUGGUUAGCCAUCUUUAUUAUGAAACAAUAUUUUGACCAGAUCAAACAGCUGUUACAUGUUUUUUCCAGCCACAGCAGUGCCUUCCCAUAUCUGAAAAUAACCCUCUGGAACUUUAAGAAGCUUGUUUCUAGGGAUGCCUUUAAAGAGCUGAGGACCAAAGUCAGCUGAGUGCAUUCUCUUCCAGCUACUUCACUCUCUCUCCCUUGUUUUUUAGCUGGGCAGCUGACAAUCACCUUGGUGGUAGAGUGCGAGGCUGUGUCUCACUCCAAGGCUUUUAGCCAAUACAGCUACUCUGC